UUGGCGUCAAUUUGCACGCUAAUAAAUGUCGAAUUUACUCAGGAUGUCAUCCGGGUAACUUAACAGAAGUUCAGGUAGGAUGUAGGUACUUCAGUCCGGAAUCUGAAGGGAAUAAACGUCCACUGAAUUGUAAAACAUUGCUCGCUGAUGUUCAUACUUUGUCUAAUGUUUACACUAUUUAUCCCUGUAACAACUAAUGCUCUGUCGUCUUGUCUGAUAUGAUUACCAAGGGUGGAGGAUGGACGGUUAUACAGAAGCGUGUUGACGGUUCAACCGAUUUCAACAGAACUUGGAAUGAGUACAAGGAGGGAUUUGGUUCAGUUAAUUCAUCUUAUUGGUUGGGAAAUGACGUCAUUCAUCUGUUAACCAAACACAAACCGUCUCUGUACGUGUCCAUAACUCUGACCAAUGGAACCACGCUAUAUCAACAGUACGAGGAAUUCUCCAUAACCGACGAGACAGACAACUACAGACUUUACCUGAAUGGACCGACCACAGGAACACUAGAGAAAAUUCAUCUGAUAGACUGUAAACAUUUGCUUGCUGUCGGUUUUUCUGUAUCGAGUGUUUAUACAAUUUAUCCCUGGUACAACCGUUCAGUGGAUGUUUUCUGUGAUAUGAAAAGAAAAGAUGGAGGUUGGACGGUUAAACAUAGGCGUAUUGACGGAUCAACGGAUUUCCUUAGAAAUUGGAAUGAGUACAAAGAAGGCUUUGGUUCUGUUAACUCGUCUUAUUGGAUAGGAAAUGACGUCAUUCAUCAGUUAACUAAAAUCAGCUCAUCUCUGUACGUGUCCAUUACUCUGACCAAUGGUACAACUCUAUACCAACAGUACGAGGAGUUCUCAGUGACCGACGAGAAAGAUAACUACAGACUUUACCUUGCUGGACCGACGGAGGGGACCUUAGGUGACAGUAUGUUAGACGUUGGUGAUCCCUAUUUAAAUCUGUCUGGGAUGUCCUUCACCACCUACGACAGAGAUAACGACGAACACAAUGAUAACUGUGCUAUUGUAUAUGAUGGAGGCUGGUGGUUUAACUACUGUCACACCGCCUUCCUUAACGGUCCCUGGUGUGACCCAGGGUGGUACAAACCGUUGUGGCCUACAGUGAUUGAUGGUAGCGAGAUUAAAGAGACUGUUAUGAUGAUAAAAACUCGCUAA